CAACGUAUUAAAGCAAAAUGGGUCUUAUUAGACAAUAAUAACAAGCACAUUUUCUCAGGUGAUGAUAUAAAUCUUACUAUAGAAAUAGAAAGCCAAGAAGAUGUCUUUAUAGAAGAAAUAUUUAUCAAUUUUCGAGGCGAGAUUAAUGUAAAAUGGGAGGAUUUAAUAAAUAAACCUAAAGAUGGUAAAAUUAUCUAUAUUAUGCAAAAUUUUGAAGGUCAACAAAUUUGUGCAGAUAAACAUAUUAGCAUCAGAAUAUUUGACAUUCUUGGACGAGGAAAACAUCAGUAUAAUAUCAUGUUGAAUAUACCUCUACAAAUACCACAGAGUGUUGAAAGGAAAUAUGGUUGCACUAAAUAUUAUUUAGAAUUGGGGAUCUGUGACAAAUUAGGAAACAAUGUUCUCUGCAUAAUGCCUCUUGUUAUAAAACGAAUUAUAAAUAUUUGUUCUAAAUCGGAAUAUAAGCAACCUUUUCGAACUACAUUCCAAAAAACCACCUACUGGGGCAUAUGUAAUUCUCAACCUCUUCGAGUUAUUUUAAAUCUACCCACCUGUUCCUUCGUAGCCGGUGAUUCUAUUAAAUAUUUUGUUUCAAUACAAAAUUAUUCCAAUUUCAUGAAUCUACAACGUCUUUCAGUUAUACUUACACAAACUGACACCUAUAGGGCAUUAAAACCCAAAGAACGUGUUAAAAAAGUUCAUACCACUCUCAAUCUAAUGAUGCAUCAUUUCAAUAGACAAAACCAUAAUGGAAAGUUUGAAGGUUCCUUAAAAUUGCCUUAUUCUCUUAUAUCCACAUCUCAAGAAUCAUAUCUAUUCGGGAUUAGUUAUCGUUUACAGUUUAUUUUAAUCUUCAAAGGAUUUCACACAGAUGGUUAUAUAUCGUUGCCCAUAAUAGUGGAAAAUAAUAGAGAGACUUUGGAAAAAAUUGCCGAUUUUACAAGAUUGCAAAUGUAUCCAACUCCAAAAUGCGAAAAACUUGUUUGUACGGUUUAAAAUAUUCGUUUUAAACUCAUGUUUCUCUUAACCUUUUGUUAACUUUAUCUAAUGUUGUAUUUACAAAUUAUUAGCGGUUUACCUGGUUUAUUGUUGAUUGUAUUUCCGUUUGUAUGCCUUCAAAAUGUUUAUUUUGAUUCCGACAUAGACAAACACACACUAGCACAUUUAACCAUAAAUACACACACACCCCUUUUAUUGUAUUCUAUUUCCGUUUUGUCUAUUUUGAUGAACGUAAGUAUGUGUGUUUUUGUAUGAUUUCACAAAUAUUGUUGAAAUAUUUUAUUGAAUAAAUUUAUUCUAAAUCGAA